UGUAUAAUAUAGUAUAGUAUGUUACAAAAUAGUACAAUAUAGUAUAGUAUGGCAUUUAUUUUAAUAAAAUAAAUAUUCAUAUAAAUUAUAGUUGAUAAUAGUAAAUUAGAACAACAAGAAUAAGAAAAAGACUGUAAUUAACUAAUCCACCUGAAAUAAAAGUACAGGAAGUGUUUGUUUUUUUAUUUACACUCCAUUUCCCAGGGUGCCUUCGGGCGUUUCGCCUGUGCUACGUCAUAUGUUUUGCUCCGUCACGCGGAGCUGAAGCGGGGAACAUGGCGGACGAGGAGGACUCGGCGCCGGAGCCCGCCGCCGUCUCCCCCCCGGGGAGCCCUCACGCCGAGCGGCCUCACUCGGUAUCGUUCUCGGAGAGCGUCCAGCCGGCCGUCGGGAUGAUGAGCCAGCUGCUCAGCCAGCCGUCGUCCCUCAAGUUCGACAAGAACAUCAAGCAAGCCUUCUACAACACCGGGGCGAUGAUCUUCGUGGCGAUCUGCUGCGGGGCGGCCGUGCUGGUCUACUUCAUCCUGGAGGCCUUCCUCCGGCCGCUGCUCUGGGCGGUGCUCUGCGGGACCUUCCUCCACCCCUUCAAGUACUCCCUGGCCCGGCUCGGCCGCUCAUGGCUCAGCGGUCUGCAGGACACCGGGACCCCCAUCGUGGUGGGGACCCUGCUGGUCCCGGUGUGGUGCGUCAACUACGGGGUGGAGACGAUGGGCCGGCUGGUGCUGGAGCGGCUCACGGUGCUGCUGGUGAUCGGGGCCGGGGCGCCGCUCGUCUACUUCCUCUACCUGUCCUGGAGGGUCAUCGGGAUGCAGGUGAUCCUCGGACACGUGUGCGGGGUCAUCGGGGCCGCGCUGGACUGUUUCCACGCUGUGUGGGUGUGCACGGUCGUGUUCGGCUAUUUGCUGGCGGUCUGCUUCAAGUGGAGCCCCCACACCCAGCGCUACCUCAGGGCUCUGGCUCUCCCCGUCUGGGCCGCCCUGCUCUUCUUCAUCGUGUCUCUGACUGGCUCGUGGAGAGUUCCCAUAUUCGUGGUUGUGGUUGGCCUCCUCAUCGUGGGCUCCCAAGAGAAACCACCUGUUCCUGGCAGAGGAGAGCUGUCGGGGCAGAUGUUGUCGUUUGCUGCUAACACUAUUUACAUGGCCAUCUCCUGUAGCAACCUUCAGCCCAAAACUCAGCCCAGAGAAGACUCCGGCACAGAUGGCAUCCAGUCGGCGGGUCCCAUCCCAGUCACCCCAGGGUUCCCUCGGGGUUCUCGUUCCUUGCCGGCCGGCCUCUUCCAGAGAGAGAAGAGCUCCCAGAGAGCCAGCGAUAUCUACUUUAUUCUGCUGGUGUGGGCCAUCGUUCUGGUUCAGGUGUGGCUCAACCUGUGGAUCCUGCAGCUGCUGCCGAUCCCUGUGGCCGUUUGGGUGCUGAAGAAGCUGGUGGUCCACUUUGGUCUGAAGAGCUUUGCAGAGCGGACCCUCGCCUCGUGGUGGACGGUGUUGGGGAAGUUUGGACGUGAGCGCGAGGAGGCCCUGCUGCCGGGACCCAUCAAAGGCCUGGCUCAGUUCCUGCUGCGUAUCGACACCAAGAUGAUUGUGUGGUUGGAGCGAUCGCUGGAUAAAAUCAUCAGCAUCUUCAUCAUCUUCCUCCUGGUCACAGGGACGCUGCUCAUGGCUCUGCUGCUGACUGCUAUGGUUCAUCAUGAAAGUGCUCACAUCAUCGAGGUAACCAGCAACCUCAUCAACGAGACUGUAUCCAACCAUCCAGAAUGGGCCAAUUGGCUUCCGGAGGCCCGUGUGGUGCAGAAGGCUCUGAAUUCAGCUGCUACUAAUGUUUAUCAGCACGGGAGAGAAUGGAUAACGCAGAAGCUUCAUAAGAUGUUAGGAGACAAGGUGAACCACACAGCGGUCAUCGAGAAGCAGGUUUUGGAGCUGUGGGACCGACUGUACCACUCCUGGUUUGUGAAGAAUGUGACCCACUCUGGACGACACCGUGGGCAGAAGAUGAUGGCUCAGAGGCACAACAGCUGGUUAGGGGACAUCCUGGACUGGAAGGACAUUGCUUCUUUUCUGCAGGAAAAUAUUGAGACUCUACUAUCAGUAAGUAUUUUACACUGUGUGCUGAGAGUAGCAGAUUAUUUGCGUAUAUUUAACUUGAAUUGGGCUUUUUUUUGACAAGAAUUUACACCUUU